AGGUGCCAAACAGAGAAGAAUGACAUUUAACUGAGACAGAAACUCACAAAGAAACAGUUCAUCUCAACAAUCUUGUCAGUCUAUGAUGGAGAUCAUGGAUACUCAGUGUGCCUUGGAGGCUGUGGAGAGACUGCUAUCCAAACUGAAGGAGAGGGGAGAAGCCCCCACACAGGAGAAACUCUUCCUGCUAAAGAGUGUCCUGCAGAGCCCCCUGUUCCAUCAUAUACUCAGCUUACAGCAAGCUCAGCGGAAGCCCCCGGCAAAGGGGAAGAAGAUUUCCAAAUCUGUGUCUAUGAACUGUGGCCCCUGCCAGGGCAUGGCGCUGGGCCUGAAAGCACUGAGCCACAGUGACUCCUACACAUGGGCCAUGGAGAACCGAAGGCCCAGCACUGCCAGAUCCGUCCACAGGGAUGGCAGCAUCUCUUCUCUGGGCUCACAGGAUCUGUCCUUCUCAGACAUCUACUCAGACAACUGCAUUCACACUGAAUCACAAUACUGCACUCCCCCUCGAAUCUCCCGCACCAUGUCGAUGGGGAGAAACCUGUCUGCUAUUGCUCAUGAGAGGCGUCAUGUGGAGAUGAUAGAGCUGAUCAAUGAUGGGAAAGGGCUAGGUUUUGGCAUCAUAGGAGGACGGAGCACAGGGGUCAUGGUCAAGACCAUACUUCCUGGUGGAGCUGCUGGACAGGAUAAGCGUUUGCGCAGUGGAGAUCAAAUCCUGCGCAUCGGAGAUACAGAUCUGGCGGGCAUGAACAGUGAGCAGGUGGCACAGGUACUACGAAAUGCUGGUACCAAGGUGAAACUGCUCAUUGCCAGAGAUAUUACAAAGGACAAACACCUUUCCUCUCCUGUCCUAAGCCAGGACAGCUUGGACGACAAGCUCAAUGACUUGAAUGAUGACUAUGAGUUCAGUGUGCAGUUCACUAAGAACAGUCGGGGCCUGGGAUUCACCAUUUCUUCCUACAUAGGUGACCUAAACUCAGUCUACAGCGCUGGUGUGAUAGUGAAGAGCAUAACGAAAGGCAGCUCUGUCGAUCAAGAUGGGCGCAUCCACAUCGGAGACAUCAUCCUGUCCGUGGAUGGGGUGAGCCUGCAGGGCUGCAGCGAGCAGCGUGCCAUGGAGGUGCUGAGGAGGACAGGUCCGCUGGUCAGACUGAAGUUGCUGAGGAAGGCUGUCCGCCUGAGUCACAUCCUGCCCCCAGUUCCUCCCCUGCAGCCCCUCCGACAUUCCCAUAGCUUCCAUGAGGGCAAUCCCUACAGAGUGGGCCUCAACAAGAUUCAAGAGACAGGUGUGUUUGGAUACCUGCAUGUGUCCUCAAACGUGUUUCCCCGUCUCCCAGGAAUCUGCUCAUUACGUGAAAUCUCCCGGCGAGCAGCAUACGCCAACAGAAGACCCCGACAUCAUUCCAGAAACGGUGUGAAACUGACACCAGCUGAGGAGGAAGACCUAAGGAAGAGGUGGCAGCAUGCAGUCGGACCGCGAUAUGAAGUUCUUGUGUGUCAUCUGGAGCGUUUCAGUGAGACAAGUGGUCUUGGCAUCAGUCUGGAGGCUCGGGCGGGACAUCACUAUCUGUGCUCUAUCUUACCUGAGGGACCCGUUGGCCAAAGUAGCAAGAUCUUCACUGGAGAUCAGAUAUUGGAGGUGAAUGGGAUCCCUCUCAUUGGAGAGACACAUAAGGAGGUUGUCAAUAUUCUGAAGGAGCUCCCGAUGCACGUUUGCUUGGUGUGUUCUCGCAUUGUACCCCCUGCAAUUCUCGACAGUGAUGAGGAAGAAGAUGAUGAUGAUGUCCAUCUCACCCUGAAGGAGCUGCUGGCUGAGUUCAACGACAAGUUGGACCAGGGCUGUGUCAUUCCCUGCCCUAAUGCUGAGGACAUCACCAAGCGUGGAGUGCCCCCCAUGUCACCUCCUCUGGCCAUGUGGGAAAGAGAGGCUCAGGUGGUCGAGCUGGAGAAAGGCGAGUCGGGACUGGGCUUCAGUCUCCUGGACUACCAGGAUCCAGAAGAUGCCACAAAAACAGUUCUGGUAAUCCGGUCCUUGGUGCCAGGUGGUGUAGCGGAUCGAGAUGGUCGCCUGCUGCCUGGUGACCGACUCAUGUUCGUUAAUGAAACUGACUUGGAAGGAUCCAGCCUGGAUUAUGCUGUGCACGUCCUGAAGUCCACCGGCUAUGGCCCUGUCUACAUUGGAGUUGCCAAACCACUGCCGCUGGAACUGUGUGGUGGCUUAACGCCCAUCUCAGAGAGGAGCACGCGGGCUUCCUGUGAUGACACUGACAGCCACACUCAGGUCAGCCUGCUAGCUGAGGCAGGGGAGACUAACACCAACACUUGUUACUCUGAGGACAACAGCAUCAUCCAGCCGCGUUACAUUACAACGGAAAACCAGUUGCGUAAUCGUUACGGCAUCAUGGAAGACGACGAUAGGCAACAAGCACCGACUCUGAUUCCCCCCCGCACCAGCUUUGAGAGGACUAUCACUGUUGUCCGGGGCAACCGUAGCCUUGGGAUGUCGGUGAGUGCUAUCAAGGACGGCUCAGGCAUGCUGGUGCGCAGUGUGGUUCAGGGAGGCUCUGUUAGCCAGGAUGGCAGGCUGGGGGUUGGGGACGCCAUCUUGUCCAUCAACGGAGAACCUACCUCCAACCUGACCAACGCCAGGGCCAGGGCCAUGCUCCGCAGACACUCUGUCAUAGGGCCCGAGAUGAGCAUAACCUAUGUCCCAGCCCAUCAGGUGGACGAGUAUCGUACCCAUCUAUGUUUAUCCCCUCUGGCAUCCAUCGAGGCGGACAGCGGCUCUUCUUCACCCACCCCGCCAACCCCUUCUCCAGAACCUGCCUCCGCCCCAGCCAGAUCCCCCAGUGCUGUCAGAGCCACAGCUCCAACUCCAGCUUCAUCCACCCUCAAAUCCUCUGCCUCAGUCAAAUUUAAAGCUGCAGCUCCAGAUCCAGCAGCAGUCAGAACCUCUGCUUCAUGCAAAUCUCCUUUCCGAGGCCCAGACAUGCUCACCACCAUCACCCCGGCCCCAGACUCAAGUUGGCAGAUUCCAAAAUCUCUACAUCAUCAGAAGAAGGAGGAAGGCAAAAAAGAUGGAGAGAUUGUGGAGAGGAAAAAGGACAAUAGUAAUGCUGAUGGGAAAGUACCAAAACUGGAGGUGGAGAUAAAGGUGGAUGGUAAAGAGGAGGGAGAAGAGGAGCUUCAUUCUCAUACUGCAGUGUCUUGGAAUGAACCCAGAAGUGUGCGGCUGACUCGAGUACCAGGCCAGUCCCUGGGUAUCAGCAUAAUGGGAGGCAGAGGUAUGGGCCAGAGACUGAGCAGUGGAGAGAUGAUGAGGGGAGUCUUCAUCAAGCACAUCAGUCCCGACAGCCCGGCAGCACAUAAUGGCACUCUCCGGACUGGAGACAGGAUACUAGAGGUGUGCGGUUUGGACCUCAGAGAUGCCAGCCAUGAGCAGGCAGUGGAGGCCAUUCGCAGGGCUGGAGACUCUGUGGACUUCCUGGUCCAGUCCGGACAACACAGAUCUCAGUCCCCUUUGCUUUCCAACCAUGAGAGGCUAACUCCAACACCACAGUUCAACUCACACAGCAGCAAGGAAGCAGAGACUCUCAGUGGUCUGUUCCUUAGUCUCUCCCCUACAAACCCCUUCAUUCCCACCCCCUUUAAGGUACCUUCGCCGACAUCAGAUAGAGUUGAUCGGAGAAGGCCCAGAACUGCAAUCACAGCGGCCGCUGAAGACGAGAAAGACACUGGCAGGAAAAAGAUGCUUGAGCGUUAUGGCAGCCUGUCUGGGAAGCUCCAUAUGAUUGAGCUGGAGAAGGACCCUGCGGCUCACGGCCUGGGAAUCAGCCUCACAGGGAACAAGGAUGGCUCCAGGGCCCGCAUGAGUGUCUACGUUGCAGAUAUAGACCCUCAAGGACCUGCUGGUUUAGACGGGAGGAUAUGGGUUGGAGACGAGCUACUAGAGAUCAAUGGUCAGAUCUUGUAUGGCCGGAGUCACCAUAAUGCCUCCACCAUCAUCAAUAACACUCCGUCUAAAGUCAAGAUAAUUCUCAUCAGGAAUAAAGCGGCACUGGGUCAAACGCCUCAGGGAUCCAGAACAGAGUGUGAGGAUGCAGUCGACUCCCAGACAGACUCUGCAGAGUGUGGAGGAUUGUCCAGAGACAUCCAGCACAUCAUCCUACCUCAGGAUCACGUAGGUCUUGGCCUCUGCCUGGUGGAGGAUGAAUCCAAGGAAGAAGUGGUGGUCAGGUCCAUGACCCAGCACAGCACUGCCAGUAAGGAUGGCAGGCUGAAGGUUGGAGACAGAAUCAUAGCAGUGGGUGAUGAACCUGUGGCAGGACUGUCAGCGGACAAGGUGUCCAGUUUGAUUCUCAAACACCGGGUCACUGUCAAGCUCUCCAUCAGUCGCUCCAAGAGUCUCUCCUCCUCUUCUUCCCUACCUCCCCCGACAGCUCAUACCUAUCCCUGCUCUCUCUCUCCUGCUUCCUCCCUAACCCUCCCUGCGGCCUACUCCUCCGCCUCUUCAUCCGUGAAUACCAUGCAGACCUCUCCUGUGGGGCGGUCUGAUUGGUUCGGAUUAGCUCCCACAACUUCUGACCCUCUGACCUGUCCAGUUAUGGCUGGCAAGGAAACCACCAUAGAGAUUUGUAAAGGAAAUGUAGGCCUGGGCCUCAGCAUCGUAGGAGGAACCGACACUCUGCUGGGGGCAGUAAUAAUCCAUGAAGUAAAUGAUGGAGGAGCAGCACAGAGAGAUGGAAGGCUGCAGGCUGGAGACCAAAUAUUAGAGGUAAAUGGUAUUGACCUGCGGCAAGCCACUCACGAUGAGGCCAUUGGCGUGCUGCGGCUCACCACCCAGCGUGUUUGCCUGUGUGUCUUCAGGCAUCAGGAGGCCUACAAGGAGGAGGAUCUGUGGGACGUCUUCAGCAUGGAGCUGAGGCCUCGUCCUGGAGAGGGGCUGGGUUUCACCACUGUGGGGAAGAGUAAUGACACAGGCAUCUUUGUGUCAGAUAUCGUCAGAGGAGGCGUAGCAGAUUCAGAUGGCAGGUUGUUGCUAGGCGAUCAGAUUCUGUCAGUCAAUGGGGAGGAUGUCCGUGCAGCGUCACAGGAACAUGCUCAGAAGCUUCUGCAGAGUUGCAGUGGAGUGGCCAACCUGGAGGUAGCUCGUUUUAAAGCUGGGCUGCAGUACUCACAGCGGAGCCAGGAGUACUUUAAGUUAUGUUUUAUCCAGAGCGAAGACUCUGACUGUUCUACCCUGACCCCCUCAAGUGGAUGUGAUGCUCCCCUCGGCCACCAGAGGGAGACAGAUAACAAAUCAGGGACCUACUCAUUGCAAGACAACCUUAACAUCAGAAGAGUAAUAAUACAAAAGGGUCCGUGUGACUCCCUGGGCAUCGGUGUAGCAGGAGGAGUGGACAGUCCCCAUGACAACGUACCUCUUUUUAUUGCUGCCAUGGAUACCAAUGGACUGGCUGCCAAAACACAGCAAUUACAGACAGGAGACAGGAUCCUUAGUAUCAACGAUGUGUCCACAGAGGGAAUGACUAAUGUCCAAGCUGGAGCCCUGCUGAAGAAUGCCACCGGUACCAUCCGUCUACAGGUGGCAGCGUGUUCUGGUGGGUUCUGCACAAAGGACCACAAUGAUGUGCUUGCCCAGUCAUCAGGCCAACCCAGCAGCCUGCCCAGCCCUCAUAACAACCUCCGUACUCGCAUGUAUAAGACCAUCACUCUCGAGAGAGGCUCCUCGGGACUGGGCUUCAGCAUCGUAGGAGGGUUCGGCAGCCCGCACGGAGACCUGCCGAUCUACAUCAAAACUGUCUUCAACAAGGGGGCGGCCGUAGAGGACGGCAGGCUGAAACGUGGAGAUCAGAUCAUCGCUGUGAAUGGGCACUGUCUGGAGGGUGUGACUCACGCUGAAGCCGUGGACAUCCUGAAAAAGACCAAGGGAACUGUGGUCCUAACUGUACUCUCCUGAGACACAGCCCGAUGUGUCUGAUUGUCAUUAUGUCUUUGCAAAGUAGCCCAUAAAAUGCUGUAGCUGCCUCCCAUAAAACUGCUUCACACAAACCUGGGACGGCAAAUGUGGACAGUUAAAGUGAUGUAGUUUAGGUAAAAAUCCUAGGAAGAGCAGAUACUGUAAGUGUAAAUGUACCUGUGUUUAGUUUGGGGGAGCUACCUCUAACUGCAAAUGCACAUUGGAUGUUUUUACAUGUACGCAGUAUUCUCAAUAUAAACUCAUGUUCCUGUGAAGGUGUUAUUUGAACUAAAGUAAUUUUAUGUCAUAUGAAUCUUCUAUCUAAAAUUACCAUGAAAGCGAUGCUCAUUGAAACCACAGCACCAAAAGCAGAUAUCAAAUAAGCCAAUACCUGAGUGUCCCAACUGAUGAUGAGAUAUUGUGUCUUAGUUAUCCUGUUCAAGGUAUUUCAUUGCCCAUUUAAACACACUCAUGAGUAAAUUACCAUCCCCCAAAUUCCUGAAUCUGCCAACCGUACAUGUAUGAAAUAGAAACAUGUCUCAAGAAACAAUCUCACAUGUAUUUACCACUGUCUCUAGACUUCUGUUCAUUCAGAGUUAACUACUGUGAUAGACUCCUAUGCCAAGUGCUUCUGCCAAUCUUUUGUAUGGCAAUAAGGUUUUAGGACAUUUGCUUUGUUUUACUUGUAUUCAUCAUUCUCAUAUUCUUAUAGUUAAAAGUGUGUCAUGAUUGCUUGAAUAUGAUAUAACAAUGUAUUACUAGACAUGCUUAUAGUUAGCGAUGAUAACCACCUUAUGUUACGCAGGUAGAAUAGGGAAAAAAUCUUUUUCAUCUGUUAAAAGCAGCUGCUAAAACCAGUUACUUUAAAUAUCAGCUGUGCGAGUAACUGGUUUAUUAUUUAUUACUGUUUUCAACAUCUUUAACUUGAUGAGUUGUUUUUAGGACUUCAAAUGCAUUGUGUUAUGGUAUAACGUGCAAUCUUUAUUUAGAAACCUUCUUAUACCCGUUUUAUAUGAAUUUAUUUAUACUGUGUUAUUUAU